AUGGGCUGGGGCUUGCCGACAUGGCUCGGUGGGAGCCCUGCACCCGCGCCGCCAGCACGACCGAAGUCCAGCGACGGAGGCUUCGUCGCCCCGGAUCGAAAUUCGCGAGAGCUGUGUUACGAGUCCAGAGAUAAUUUCUUCACCUGCCUAGACAAGAAUGACAUACUCGAUGCAAUCAAGGAAGAUGACAAAGCCCGAAAAGUGUGUGCCAAAGAAGUGACCGACUUUGAAAGAGACUGCGCAAGAACUUGGAUCAAAUACUUCAAGGAAAAAAGAGUAAUGGAAUACACACGAGAUCGAACCCUGGAAAAGAUACAACAGGACGAUGCGAAGAUGGCUGCCAAAGCCAAAACCGAAAGAAGAGGCGGGUCCUGGUUUGGAUGA